AUGCGUGCCAACACCGCCGAAAAAUGGCUUCAACAAAGAAUCGAAAAGUACGGCCCAGUUUCAAAGCUUAGUCUCUUUGGCAAACCAACGGUCUUCAUUCAUGGACCUGCUGCAAACAAGUUCAUAUUCGCCAGUGAUGACAGCACCAUUUCCAGUCAACAAGUUGAGUCUAUCCGUCUACUUUUGGGUGACCGGAAUAUACUGGAGCUGAGCGGCGACGAUCACAAGCGCGUCAGAAGUGCUCUUAUGUUGUUCUUGAAGCCCGAGUCACUCAAGCAGUAUGUGGGAAAGAUGGACCAAGAAAUCAGGAGACACCUUGAGAUGCAUUGGCAUGGCAAGCAACAAAUAACUGUACGCCCAAGUGGUGUUUGCAACAAAACUAUUUUAAAAGACCAACUUUCGGUGAAGGAAAAUGAUUUCUGCACUCUACUUUUCACCUUCUGCAUUCGUCUGUUUAAUUGUGUCCCUUUAUUCUCCAAUAAUUUCUUCAAUCCAGUGACAAAGAAAAAAAGAGUUCAAUACACACUUUAUUGA